UACCAACUUUUCCAAUUGUCCGGUCGAUUUUUCUAUCUGUGAAAUGGACCAAAGUCAAUCCAGCUGCUUAGUCACGUCACGACAGCCCCAAGUUGAGGAGCCGAGACCGUGCACCGUCUUACGUCACCAUGAUAUAUGGGCCACCACUGACGUUGGACUUGCGGAGACGGAAAAAAGAAAGUUGGUGCGGCUCCCAACGAAGUUGAUCACGCACUGCCAACGACGGAGAAACUAAGCUGUGUAGACCCUACGGAGUACAAUUGCGCACGAAGAUUCCAUCUUUACAAGAUGAGCGGUGUCGCUAUUGGUCCGUCUACUCCCCAGCGGCCAUCGUCUCUCGCCCUCGACGACGCGGUUGAUAUUGUCUCGAGCACACCUACCCGUCUUGGCCUGCUGCAGACCCCACCACGAAGAUUUUCGCGGCAUCUAAAGCGCUCAAUCAAUGCCGUAGAGCCUGAGGAUAACGCUGGAGAGGAUUUAGAAGAGGGUGUGCCAGGUUCUGUUCGACCAUUGGCGACACCUCCGCGUCGACCACCGCGCCGGGCAAGGUUCUCUACCGGGCCUGCCGAGCCAACCAGUCUUGAUGUGCAGGAGCCUGCUUCUUCUACUGAUAGAGUGGUGCCCACAAGCCGCGAAGCAUCGCCUCGCAAAGAAGAGGCGAGGCCAGAAGAGCAAUUGGCAGGUGAAGAGCAAUUGAGAGUUGAAGAACAACUGGGAGGGGAAGUUCACCUAGACGGGCUUGAGUCGCCAGGUGAAUUUCAGCAGCUAAGCGGAAUUGAGCAGCUAGGCGAGCUCGGGCAGUCAGGAGAAGGAGAAAAGCUGAGCGGGGAUCGACAUCCAGGUGAGGGUGAAGAAGAAGGAGACUCUGACAAUCUCGAGCAAAACAACAGCAAUGAACGCGAUAGUGCGAGUGGGAGUGUUCACGGCGGUGACCGCGACGGCAAGCUUGGGAGUGAACCCUAUUAGUAGACCGUUCGGUCUGUAGCUUCGUUGAUUCUAGAUAUGGCUUGAGAGCGGGCAGACCUAUCCGGCGGCGUAGUACUGCGGUGAUCCAGCAGUCACCCCCAAAAACUCUCCAUGUCGAUGUGGCGUUCCAAUAUGCACGAGUAUCCUCCCUUAUAUCUGAAAAGACUCAGUCGAACUCUAGUCUAAAGUGAGCAGU